AUGAAAUUCUAUCAAAAGUUUCUUGAUCAUGAUCCAGAAGUUUUAGCUAUUGAAUAUCCAUUGCUUCGUGUUAGUCGAGCCCAAUAUGAUUCAAAUAGAAAACAAUUACUAAUUAAUUUUAAUACAAAAAAAUCAAUAAUUUUAUCAACGAAAUUCGAAGUAAAAUAUCCUAAUUUGAUAUUAAAUGUUUCAAAUGUUACACGUGAUGGCAUCUGCAGUGGAAACACAAUGAAUCAAAUUUCUAACGAUAGAAUAAGAAUACAAUAUUCUUAUAGCAGUAUGGAUAAACAAGAAACACAAUUUAACAUUUCAUUUUAUUAA